CCUCUUCCAGGCUUCAUUCGCGCUGCGAGCCGUGCACCUUGCUGAUCGUCGUGCACUUGUCGAAUAAAAUUAUCCGCUCGAGAGGCUAACGAUAGAAGACAAAAAUAUAUAUACAAGUAUCAUUCUCCGCUAGAAACGACGGGGGGGGGGCUGAAAAAAAUUUUGUUUUUUUUUUUUACUUCUUCUUUUUUACCAAAAAACCGUAUAAAUCGACCACGAAUAACGAGAGUUUUUUACCGGAAAUAAAGACGAAAAGAAGGACGAAAAUUUAUCGAAAAAAACAGUUUCGUUCGUCGUAUACCAAUCUCAUUUUUUUACGAUAUGUGUGUCAGUGAAAUUUUGACGACGACUGAACCGAAUGUGCGAUAAGAAGAUGGGAUUGUUUUUUGAUCUUCGUUAAAGAGAAAAAAAAAAAAAAAAAAAAACGGAAAUCAAAAAAAUCAGAGACACAGAGAAACUAGAUAACGACUCGCUGGCCGCAGGGUGGAAUCGCGGUACGUGUGAAUUCCGCGUUGUAAAUUUAUCAGUGAAAAAUUCGACGCGUUAAACGGUAUGACGAAAAUAAUGUAAUAUCUAACCGUCGGAGAAUGGAAGAAAAAUGGAAUUGAAACUUAAAUUUUCGCGGAGAAUUGGACGGUAACGAGCAAAAACGUCUCGACCGAAAAAUAAAGCGUUUUUUUUUUUUUUUUUUUUUUUGUUAUAACUAUUGCGAAAACGUGAGGCGCGAUCCACAUCAGAAAAAUAUAUAUCGAUUGCAGGAUUUUUUCAAAAAUCUUGCUCAAGACGUUAUCGCUCGAUACUAUCCAAUUAUAAUUGGAUGAAAAAAAAAAAAGAAAAAAAUUGGAAUCAGAAUUUUUUCCAAAGAUAAAACGGCAUAUAUAAAUAUUUAAUUCGUCACGGUAAAUAAAUCUGAUCAUCGAUAAUUCGUCAGUUUUGCCGAUAUAUGUACUUAGUUUAAAAUAAAUAUUAGAUACCUCCCUAUUUACCGGCUGUGAUAUUAUCGAAGCCAGAUAUCAUGUAACAGAAAUUGAAACCCAAUAAUACACAACAUAAUAUAUAAUACCGAACAACAAAUCGUCCCAACUCUAUACGAUUACAUACAUAUACAUACACAUCAUACCGCUUUAUGGUAUAAGUACAAUGUACAUAAUUCCUAUGUAUAUUCGGGGUCAUGUUAUGUACUCGAUAAUUAUUACCGUUGUUAUUAUUAUUAUCAUCAAUAUUGACGAUAUUCUACGAUUUGGAACUCGAUGUCCCCUCCCCUCCUGCAACUGUAGAAUCGCGAUUCGCUCAACCUGACGUGAUUUAACUCAAUCUACCCUUACCUCAUUAUGUCACGUGACGAGAGAUAACCGUUAUCGGAGAAUACUUGCGGUUUAAUUGAGAAGGAAAAAGAAAAAAUAAAAUCAAAAAUCAAAAGCGAAAGAAAAAUGUAUCGAAGAAAGACCAAUAACGUAAUGAGGGAAAAAAAUCGAUCGGUUUCAAUGACUUUGCGCAUCGUCUGAAAAGCAAAAAAAAAAGGGAAAAGAAAUAUUCGAAAUAGAGUAGGUUACGAUGAGCUAAAACGGGAACUAUGGAUUUUGCGAUGGAUAUAGGGAAGCGGGAAAGAUGAAGGGAAAUAGAAAUAGAGAGAGAAAAAGAGAAAGGGAUGUUCGGAUGAAAAGUAUCAAGUUUCAAAGAAACGAUGUUAAGAAUUUUUCAUAUUUUUCCUCAACUAAGUUGUCCGCACAGACGGUUUUGACGCGGUGUACGCUACCUAUAUAAAAAAGAAACAAGCGAACAAGAACAACAUCGAGUAAAACAAAAUUUUCCAGUAAAACUUAUACUUUGGGAGAUUUUUCUGUCUCUCGUAUAAAAUAAUACCUCAAAGUCGGCGACGGCGAGCUCCGGGCUUGCCGACGGACUUUGAGAAAAGAAAAAAACUGAAAAAACUUUUAUUGGCGGGAGCUAUAAUACCGUAGACGUAGCUAUACGAUCCCCCCCCUCCGAAUAUCAUAGCCCAUGUAUUAUAACCACGGAAUUCGAAAUUGCUUGUGCCUAAAUUAUUUUUUUUCCUUUCGUAUGUGCACAGGAAAACUGGGAUUGAAAAUAAACAGGUAUAACAAAUAUUGGGAAGUAAAAAAUUAACCAAACGACGAUGGAAGUAUAAAACGAUAAUCUGUGAAAAUUUGAAAAAAGGAAAACAAAAAAUUUUCCACUCAUUCGGUUUCAUUCUUUCCGAAUAAUCGAAAUGGCGAAUCUCUGAUACAACAUGAAUAAAACUUGGAAAAUGACGAGGACGAUAAAGAGGUAACGAUCAUAAAAAGAUUAAUUAAUUAAUCGUUCAAUUAAUUAAUUAAUAUCCUCUCCGUAUAAAGUAAAGUCAAUGCGAAUGCUGCAGGUGCAAUUUUUCAAAAUGAAAAAAAAAAUUGCCGCAAUACCGUAUCAGCAGGAGUGGUUUUUCUACAAUCGCACGUGGAAAUUUAUUCGGUGAGACUUUCGGAUAAAGGGGCGGGGGAGGGGGGUGGGGGUGGGGGAAGGGGGGAUGAAGGGGGUGACGAAUAUGAGGAGUGACGAGUGUCGUGGUAAAAAUUGUAACGGAGGAGAUGAAAAAAUCGAGAAAUAAUUCGGAAUCGAGGAAUAAAAAAGAAAAGUGAAAUAAAUAAAGUGAAAUAGAUAACUAAAACUGGUGAAAUGGCAGUGAGUGCGCGACGAUGUCAUUGGCGAUGGCGUCGUGUGCGUGGACAAAUAAUAUGUGCUAUAUUGUGCUUAAAUACGAUACUAAUUUGCAACGGACAAAAACCGAUAAACUUGGGUGGUGUGAAACGUCGUGACGUAUACAUAGCCGGAUUUUUUCCAUACGGUAGACAUGUGCCGGAAAGUCACGUGGGACGAGGUGUUAUGCCAUCGGUUAAACUUGCCGUUGAUCAUAUCAAUGAAAAUCCAACUAUACUUAGAAAUUACAGACUGCACAUGUGGUGGAACGACACUGAGUGCAACGCGGCUGUGGGGGUCAAGGCGUUUUUUGACAUGAUGCACAGCGGACCUCACAAGGUCAUGUUAUUUGGAGCGGCUUGCACUCAAGUUACGGACCCCAUAGCGAAGGCAUCGAAACACUGGAGAUUAACGCAGCUGAGCUACGCGGACACGCAUCCGAUGUUCACGCAGGCCAGUUUUCCGAAUUUCUUCAGGGUGGUACCGUCUGAGAACGCUUUCAACGCGCCAAGAGUCGCAUUGCUCCAACAUUUCAACUGGACCAGAGUUGGAACGAUUUAUCAGAACGAGCCCAGAUACGCCUUGGCCCACAAUAGACUGGUCGCUGAUCUCGACGCAAACAAGAUGGAAGUUGUCGAAACUCAAAGUUUCGCUACCGAGGUCUCGUCGGCCCUGGAAAAGCUCAAGGAAAAGGACGUACGGAUUAUCUUGGGAAACUUUGACGAAGUAUGGGCCAGAAGAAUAUUCUGCGAAGCUCACAAAUUCGGCAUGUACGGUAGAAAGUAUCAAUGGGUGAUAAUGGGAACUUACGCGGAAGAGUGGUGGCUCAGACCAGGUGGAGGAUGCGCGCCAUCCGAACUUGCGGAAGCUUUGCACGCCGCCAUUUUGACGGACCUUCUACCCUUGUCAACCGAACAACAAAUUACCGUCUCAGGAAUCACUCCGGACGAAUACAGAGUCGAAUACGAUUCUCGUCGAGGGCCGGAAUACUCGAGAUUCCACGGUUAUACGUACGACGGUAUAUGGGCAGUGGCACUGGCAAUUCAGCACGUGGCGAGAGGUAUACGUCAGUUGAGGCGAAAUGAGACCGUAGCUGACUUCAAGUACCGCGACGACACGUGGGAGGGAUUGUUUUUGGAAGCCCUGAAAAACACCAGCUUCGAGGGGGUCACCGGGCCUGUCAGGUUUUAUGGGAAUGAGAGAAAGGCCUACAUCUUGCUGAAACAAUUUCAAAACGUGACGGUUGCAGGUGGCAGCGAGGUGAAGGUUGGCGAGUAUAACGGUGUGACAGGUGAGCUUGAUUUGAGCAGAGGUCAGCCAUUGGAAUGGCGGGGUAAAUCGCCCCCUAAGGACAGGACGUUGCACAUAAUCGAACACUCGAUGGUUAACAUAACGAUUUACGCUGCACUAGCCGCGGCCGCCAGCGUCGGAAUCGUUAUGGCGGUCAUUUUCCUCACGAUUAAUAUCAGAUACAGAAAUCAAAGGUACAUAAAAAUGUCGUCGCCGCAUCUGAACAACCUGAUAAUAUUGGGGUGCAUGUUGACGUACAGCAGCGUUAUAUUUUUGGGUUUGGACUCGCAAUUAUCAAGCGUCACGGCGUUUCCUUACAUUUGUACAGCGAGAGCUUGGCUUUUAAUGGCCGGUUUUUCUCUCGCCUUUGGAUCGAUGUUCUCGAAAACAUGGAGGGUACAUUCCAUAUUCACGGACGUUAAAUUGAACAAGAAGGUUAUCAAGGACUAUCAACUGUUCAUAGUUGUCGGUGUGCUACUUUUUAUUGACCUGGCAAUAAUGACCACAUGGCAAAUAGCCGAUCCCUUUUACAGAGAAACGAAACAAAUGGAACCAUACCCUCAUCCUUCGAGCGAGGACAUUAUUAUUAUACCAGAAAACGAAUACUGUCAAAGUAACAGGAUGACGGUAUACCUCGGUAGCAUCUACGCCUACAAGGGUGUUCUUUUGAUAUUCGGAGCAUUCUUGGCGUGGGAAACGCGUCAUGUCAGUCUACCGGCUCUAAACGACAGUAAAUACGUUGGGAUGAGCGUUUACAACGUAGUUAUUAUGUGCGUUACCGGUGCUGCAAUAAGUUUCGUACUCGCCGACAAACAAAACGCAAUGUUCGUAAUACUCGCCGUUUUUAUCAUAUUCUGCAGUACGGCGACCCUCUGCUUAGUUUUCGUUCCCAAGCUAGUGGAGUUACGUAGAAAUCCUCAAGGUGCGAACGACAAGAAAUUCCGACCAACGUUGAGACCGAUGUCGAAAACGAGAAGAGAUUCGUCGGUCACGGAAUUGGAGGAAAGAUUGAAAGAGGCUAAAACGACGAAUCAGAAAUUCAGAAAAAAAUUAUUAGAAAAAGAAUCGGAACUGCAGAUGUUCGUCAGGAGACUUGCCGAUAACGGAGUACCCGAUACGCAGGAAGUUAUGGACAGGUUGUCCGUUCCGAGGCCGGAGUCAAUUAAUAGAAAAGAAGAGCUCACUGUGCAGGGGCAUGGCGCACAUAAUCACAAAGGUCCUUCAGUCGCGACGGAGACUACGGAUAUAUCCGUGUCCAUGUGCAGCCUUAACUCGACCACGGUAUCGCAACCUGAAGGGGAAUACGUAAACGUGCCAACUGGCGACACAAUCUCGACGUCGAGAAAGAAGACAUCCUUCUCGAAACUCCCAACCAUCGCUAUCGACAGCGAGAGGGUCCCGCUUGUUCCGUCAAGCACAACAGCCGCAACGAUCCAUUCCGCUAUGAAACAACCGAGCGACUCGACUCUGCGUCGCAAGAGUCGCUCGACCGAAUGCAGAGAGAGCGAGCCUCUGCUCCAUAAAGCAAAUAAGACGGAUGUUAAAAUUUCCGGAGAACCGAGCGUCGAAUUCGUACCCGAAGUCGUCGACGAAACCGAUCCGAUCGUUCUGGAGGAAACGAACAUUCCGCGGGACGGUAAAUUGACGAGGUUGACGGAGGUCACCGAGGAGUCGAGACCCAGACUGCCCACGCCGCCGCCCGCUACGAAAAAUGUUUCAUUCGGUGAACCUAGGGAAAAAAAUUAUCUAGAACAAGCCAUUCUACCUCCACCGCAACAAUUCGUACCGAAGCACAGGCUACCCGGUUCAGCCGCCGUUCAACCCCAUCAACCCUCCCUGCGGCGAAGAGCUUCGGUGAAGAAUAACGGCAUUGGACAUCACGAAGUACUCGAAAAAAGACGAACCAGUGUACCGGUCAAUUCGAUCAGUUAUAUAUCGACGGAAAAUAUUCGCGGCGUCGACGAGGAAGCGCUCGGUGCUCCUUUCAACAAGGCUUACAUAAUCGCGGGAUGUGGACACAGACGAUCCGUCGGAGUGACGGGAUACAGGUGCGAAAGACACGGCGGAAGAGGUCAUCAUAGUCACGCUGCGACGAACGGAGGAGGACACAGGAAACUUUAUGACAACCACAACGCCAGUUCGCCAAACGUACCCACGACGGUGAACGCCAGUUCAUCCGACACGGAAAAAUACGAAGAGUCGUUAUCAACGAUCAUUCAACGUUCCGUGUCGGAAAAAUCGCGGGAGAAAUGCGUACGCGGUAGAAUAUCUAGUGUAGUUCCCGGUCAGCUCGUCGAAUGUCCUCAUCGUGGCUCUCGAAGGUUACGCGAAUGUCGUCACUCCGAGUCAACCCUUCGUCACCAGGCCAGAAUGGACUACGUCCAAAGUACACCGAACGUUGCCACGAUACACAACAACAAAUUUUCGAGUGGUAACAGGGGCUCGUCGGUAAACGUUUCAAAAAUGUACAGUGCUGUUUCGGACGGCGAGUUAUUGGACAUGGCGAUAUUGCCGAUAUUUCAAAAGUUACUUAGCGAAAGACACAAAAACACGACUAGGGGUAGUUACGGAGCUAGUUGUCCAAAUAUAUCCAUAAAGUGCGACAUAGUUGAAUACCUUUAAUGGGUCAAUAUAAAUCAUCGACGUAGAAUUUAUCAGAAAAUAUAAAAUAACUAAUAAUUGAAAGAUUAACGGAACGCAAAACAAAUAAAUCCUAAUACUAAUAACGAUAAUAAUCGUAACGAUAGAAUCACACUGUGCGUACCAACGAAACGGACGCUGAUGUACGAGUGAUGAUAAUUUUUCAAUUCAUAAAUGUCAUUGAAAUUAACAAAUUAUCGACUAACACGGAUGUCAUUAAAAAAAAAAAAAAAAAUCUACAUUUCUACCGCAUAUUCAUUACUCUUUUUCAUUCGUUGUCCCUUUUUGCUCUUUGGUUGUCAAUGAUCACGAGUGAACUUUCGUCCGCAACGUCGGGUGUGGAGUUUUUCAUUAUUUCAAAAUUACUGCGAAAUUAAAGAUUUCCUCCCCGGAGGGCUCUACUACUUCAUUCUCGUUUUUUCCUCCCUUCCGCUUCUUCUUCCUUUUCAUUUUCUCUUUUUUUUUCUUUCUUCUCCGUCAUUUUGUUUCACUUCUUCUUUUUAUUCCAUUGAAUUUCUCUCGAUCACUCGCGGAAUCGAUGAUUAAUAUCCCGUUUGUUUCACGUCCUAUAUAACGAUUCCAGCGCAGGAUUCGAGGAAGCUAAGCUUUCACUUAUCGAAAAGCGUUUUACAAUACCUUACCCAACGGGCGUGUGUACGCCAUCCAUGUAUUUUUCUCUCUUUUUCAUUCAUCUUUUUAUUCAAAUCCUUUUUUUCAUCUCUCUGUUUUCCCCAUUUUUAUUUUACUCUUGAGUCUGAUCAUAAAUAUAUACGGUCUCAUAUAAUAUAUAUGUAUACCCAUAUAUAACGUGUAAUAUUAAUAGAUAUAAAAAUUCAAAUUCUCGUGAAUUUCGGUCAUCGAUAUUUAAUGAAGAAAGGAAACACGGAAGAACAAAAAAAAAAAGAAAAUUACCAAUAAAUUAUAUAAUCCAAUUGUAUGAGAAUAAAAGUAUAAUAUACAAAUAAAAUAGCGUGCGGCUGUGAUCAAUCGAAAAUACAGCGCUAUUUUUUAAUGGGCCGAUUCUUAACGAUAUACAUAGUAAUGACAUCGAUAAUAAUAAGGAUAAUAAUAAUAAUGAUAACGAUAACGGUGAUGAUGAUAAUGAUGAUGAUAAUGAUAAUUAUGAUGAUGACGAUAUUAAUAAUAAUUACAAUGACAGCAAGAAUUGUUAACACGCGUAUAAAAAUUUUAUCUCGUCUUACGUAUGCCAUGUAACCAAUAAGUAUAAAUAUAUAGAUGUUCGAAGAAGAAAGGAGAUGCGAAACUAUGAGAAGAGAAAUCAAACGAUCGUUUUUAUCUACAACUAGAAUAGUAGAAAUCAUUAAACGAACAGAAAAAAAAUUUAUAUAAACGUGAUCAUUAUAAACAAUAUGUAAUACCUGGUAUAAUGUACGUGUUGCAUAAUCGAAACUGAAUAUUAUGUAGUUAAAAAAAACUGCGUUCAUACAACAUUUACCGUCAUAAUCCUUAUUUUUAUUUUUCUUCUCCAUUUUAUACGCAUAAUCAGAAUUACAUUUUAACAUAUACAAUAUAUUACAUAACAUGUGAAUGUGUUGAAUUAGAUCGCAAAUCGGUUGAAUGAUACAUAAAAAAAUUUUCUCGCUAUAAUAUCGCUCGACCAUUCGAGAAAUUCCACAAUAUCGAAGCACACAUGUUUGGUCAGCACACGUCGAACGAUGAACGUAAUAAUUCAGUAUAAUGAAUGAACAAAUAGACAAUGUUCAUAAUAAUAAUGAUAAUAAUAACAACAAUAAUAAUUAUUAGGAAAGUCUAAUCGCUCAUCAAUUCGUAUGUAAGUUGUAUACCUGUAACACCUAACGGAGGGAUAACGGAAUAAAAUAGGUAAUUAAAUUUAGCGUAAAAUUUUUAAUAUCUAAUUUUAAAUUGUGAAAUUAUUAUGCAAACUUACGAGUAUAUAAUAUGAAUUGUCUAGAUAUACAGAUAAACAUAUAACUGACGAAAAUAUAUGUGUAUAUACGGAAAAGGUUUAAAGUAAAAUGAGAAAAAAAAGUAUGGAUAAUACUAUAAUAUUAAUGAAGAUAAUUAUCUGUCGCACAAUCUCUCUCGGUUACAUGUAUACAUAAUAUUUAUAUAAUGUAUAUAUACAUGUUAUGUUAUAACUGGACUGUACUGUAGUAUUCAUACAAAAUAUAGUUGACUAUAAUCAUUCAUUAUGUCAUAGAUAACAACGUUGGUACUAUUAUAUUAAAACUAAAAAUGAUAAUCGGAAUCGAAUUUUAUCCUUCGGAAAGAAAAAAAUGACGAAAAUGAUCAGAAAAAUCUAUAGCAUGCAUGAAAGCCCACUAAAUGAAUUUUUCAAAAAUGUAAAUCGAUCGGUAAUUAACGACUAUUCACUCUAACGAUACUUGAUUAAAAACAAUAAUAAUAAUAUUAUCAAUAAUAUUAAUAACUUAUAAUAGAAGGCAUCGGUAUUAUACUACAGUGCAUAUUUAAAUAACGUAUAAAUAUAAAUGUAAUGCGAAAUACGAAAGAAGAAAAAAAUUAUUCGGUACGCGACGUUUGUGCGGUGUUAGUGAUGGUCAUGUGAUGUCGAUGGCGAUAGACAAAAUGGUCUAACCGAUAUCGUUGGUGCUCCUGAAAGAUCAAUGAUUAAAUUUCAAUAUGAACGCGUGGUACUAUACAUAUGUAUAUUGAGAGAAAUAAAGUGAUUGAAGCUAUAGAAUAAAAUUAAUGAUAAAUUUUGGUAAUUAUAAUUGUAAUUGAAAUACUGAUAUUAUUAGUAGGGAUGAUGAAAAAUAACAAUAACGAUCAUGAUCAUAUAAUACGAUAUUCAUAACGGAACGAAAAAGCACGAGGUAAAAGGCAACGCCUUAGAGAAGAAGAGGCUUAAACUGAAUUGUUGGUAAAACCAAAUAAAAACUAAUCAGAACGCCAAAGACAAGCUAAACCUAAUAAAUUAAUAAAUGAAUUAAAAAUAUUGUUCGAAUAAAAAUUAUAGUCAAUGAUGUAUAGAGAAAAAAAGUUUUCGAAAUAUUAUUUAAUAUUUAAUUAUAGUGAAUAGAUAUGGAUAUACGUAUAUGUAUAUAUUAUAUAUGUACGUGUAACAUUACAAUAUUCGAUAAUGAAUGGAACAAAAUGACGAAAAAGUCACGGACGAUGCACAUAAUAAUAAUAUGUGCCCCGCACAAGAACGAACUAAUGAAAAAUAAAUUAAUUAAUGGGAUAAUCAACGGUUAAGUAUAAUGGACACAAUAAUGAAUAGUAAUGAAUUAUACCACGUGUAAAUGAUUAUAUUUAUAGUGAAUCGUGUAACGAUGUAUAAAUAUGUGUAUGUACUGUUGUUAUUAUUAUUACUAUUAUCAUCAUUUUCAUUUUCACAUUGAUUAAUUAUCAUUAAUAUCACUAUUAUUCUCGUUAUUACCAUCAUUUUUUAAUUUUUAUGCUCCCACGGACUUCAUAAUGAUUCCCUCAAAAAUUUGACCAUUUCAUUCCAAGUCUAGGAAUAAUUGAUGAAAAAAUUCAAAAGUUGGUACAGUUGUUGUCACUUGUACGACGCGUCAAAUGGUAGAUUAAGAUAUAUCUGUAUUUUUUUUGAUAGCUUUUGAAUGGAUAAGGAGAAAAUUAUCUGAAACAUUUUUCUGAUGCACAGUGGACUAUCUUUUAGUCGAGAUAGAUUGAUCGGAUUUUUAAGGUAUUCUUUCUUAUCAAUUUGGGAGCGCUGAAACUCAGGGGAGCAUAAAAAUUAGAAAACACCCCUAUCGGGGAUCACCCUAAUAUAUAUUAUAUGUAUCAUCUACGUACAUGUAUAGGUGAAUAUUAUGCAGUAAGUACCUAAUCGUUUCCUGUUUCGAAGAUCUUGGCGUUGUCAAAGUGCGAUUUCAUUACACAAUAAUCAUAUAGUUAAUUAUCUUUUAUAAUACAACAAAUAUGUAUAGAGAGAGAGAGAGAGAGAGAGAGAGAGA